AUGACGUCGUGCAAGGAUGCCAUCAAGGCGUGGGAGACUGCGCAAAGCGUCGUUGCCGCUGAGGCGGAGGACGUCCGCCUCUGUCCGAUCGCGCUGCAGCUGCCGCUCAUCACAAAGAUGGACGGAGCGCUUGGCACGCUCAAAUCGUGCAAGCACCUGAGGCUCUCGACGAACGCGAUCGACAAGAUCGCGAAUCUGAACGGGCUCGACAACCUCGAGAUCCUCUCACUCGGCCGCAACUCGCUCAAGUCGAUCAACGGUCUCGACCCUCUUCUCACCAUUCCCUGCCGCCCUCUACAGCUAUGGAUCUCGUACAACCAGAUCGGGUCCCUCGCGGGGGUGGAGAAGCUGUCGCACCUCGAGGUGCUCUUCAUGUCCAACAACAAGAUCAGCUCCUGGGCCGAGGUGGAGCGCCUCGCCGCCUGCUCGAACAUGCGCGACCUGCUGCUCAAGGGCAACCCGCUCUGCGACGCUUGCGCUGAGGCGGGCGACUGGCGCAUCCAGGUCGUGAAGCGACUGCCUGGACUCAAGACGCUCGACGGGGUCAUCAUUGACGACGAGGAGAGGGAACGUGCAAAGGAGCUAUGA